AAAUCUCUCUCUUCCUUUCCCCUUGAGCUAAUUGUUUUCCGAUUGCUUUCAGUGUUUCAAGUAUCCGUACAAUUAUAUAUUUAUUAUCUAUGGGGUUCGAUGUGCUGGUGUAAAGACAAGUGAAUAUGAAAAAAGAUUGCUGGUGAAAAACUAGCCUUCAGUUCGUGUUGAUUACACCUCGGUAAGCGAUUGUAAUUGCUACAAAGGGCUUCUGCACUUUAGCAAGCUUGAGUCCUGCACUCUUGAACUACCCUGGAACUCUUGAAGAUUCCUGCACUGUACAAAAAACUUUGAAUCUCAGACAUUAGGCGCCGGGUGCCCCAGAUGGUGCCUUCUCGCGCAGCGGGAGGGAUGCCACAAUCAUCUUCGAGCUCCGGAAUAUUUUUCCAAGGGGACGGGCAGUCUCAGAUCGCUGGCAAUUCACAGCUGAGUUCAAACAUCAGCAACUCCAUGCACUCCAUACCUGGACGAGCCCGUGUCAAUGUGGGCCCACUGUCGGGGGACAUCGGUAAUGCGGUCCUCAACAGCAUGGCAACCUCCGCACCCAGCAUUGGGGCGAGCUCUCUGGUCACUGAUGCUAACUCGGGCCUCUCGGGCGGCGGGCCCCACAUGCAAAGAAGCGCGAGUUUCAACACGGAGUCCUACAUGCGCCUACCCACUUCCCCACUCUCGUUCACGUCCAACAACAUAAGCAUCUCUGGUUCGUCCGUAAUCGACGGGUCCAAUCAAGACCCGGCACAAGCCCAGCAAAAUCAGCACUCGAGCACUGCAUCUUUGCCCGGGUCGCGAAUGGGCCAGGUCCAGAUCCCUGUUGGGCCCAGGGGCCCGAAUUCUUUCAUUCAGGACCCGAACACCAUGUCUCAGAUUCAAAAGAAGCCGCGCCUGGACAUCAAGCAGGAAGAUGUUGUUCUGCAGCAGCUUUUGCAGAGGCAAGACUCGAUGGGCUUGCAGAAUCCGAAUCCGAAUCCUCAGCUGCAGGCUCUUAUCCAGCAACAGCGGUUAAGGCAGCAACAGCAGCAGAGAGAACAGCUUCUUCAGUCUAUGCCGCCUAUGCAACGGGUUCAGUUGCUUCAGCAGCAACAGCAGCAGCAAUUGAGACAACAGCUUCUGCAGCAGCAGGGUGUGCAGCCAGGUUCGGGAAUAAAACGGCCAUAUGAUGGUGGUGUAUGCUCACGUAGACUAAUGCAGUACCUCUAUCACCAGAGACAACGCCCGGCUGACAACAGUAUUGCCUAUUGGAGAAAAUUUGUGGCGGAGUAUUAUUCUCCGCGUGCAAAGAAGAGAUGGUGUCUAUCACUUUAUGACAAUGUCGGACAUCAUUCGCUGGGAGUAUUCCCUCAGGCAGCAAUGGAUGCAUGGCAGUGUGACAUUUGUGGUUCAAAAUCUGGAAGAGAAGCAACUUUUGAAGUACUCCCAAGACUCGAUGAAAUUAAAUUUGGUAGCGGCAUUAUUGAUGAGCUUCUAUUUCUGGACUUGCCUCGGGAAUGUCGAUUCCCAUCUGGAAUGAUGAUGCUGGAGUAUGCAAAGGCAGUUUCAGAAAGUGUGUAUGAGCAACUCCGUGUGGUUCGCGAGGGUCAGCUUCGCAUUAUUUUCACCUCUGAUUUAAAGAUACUAUCUUGGGAAUUUUGUGCACGGCGCCAUGAAGAACUUCUGCCUCGUCGAUUGGUUGCACCUCAGGUGAAUCAAUUGCUGCAGGUUGCACAAAAGUGUCAAAGCACAAUAUCAGAAAGCGGGCCUGAUGGUGUUUCCCAACCAGAUUUACAGGCAAACAGUGUGAUGGUCGUAACAGCUGGACGCCAGCUUGCCAGGAGUUUGGAGCUACAGUCGUUAAACGACUUGGGCUUUUCCAAGAGAUAUGUGCGGUGUCUACAGAUAUCUGAGGUUGUGAAUAGCAUGAAAGACCUGAUGGAAUUCUGCACAUCUCACAAAAUCGGUCCAAUUGAGGGCUUGAAGAAUUUCCCCCGGCACCCCUCGACCCCUAAACUUCAGAUGCAAGAAACAGAUCGAGAUGUGGGCCCACAAGGCCUGCCAACUGACCGAAACACUCUCAACAAGCUAAUGGCUAUGCACCCAGGGCUCAACGGCUCAAUAAACAACAACCAACUGGUUGUUAAUCGAGGAGGAAAUCUGCUCAUGAGACAAAAUUCUACAAACUCAGCCCACAAUAACAGUAACAUUAAUAAUAAUAAUAAUUGUAACAACAAUAAUGAUAUUGGUAAUAGUUCACUUAAGCAGGAGGUGACUUCUCCUUACAACAGCCAGAGCCAGACCCCAGGGCUUUUUGGUAAUUUACCGCCAUCAGCCAUGAAUGGAUUUUCACAGCAGCACCAAAAGUUACAGCAAAGUCAACCUGUCCCUUCACAAGGCAGCCAACAGGUUUUACAGCAGCAAAAUCAAGGUGGCAAUAAUAAUAUGCUGAGGAAUAAUGCCAUUGUGAACCCUCCACCGAGUAGGAACAGCGGUUUGAAAGGCGGGCCCACGGGAGAAAAUGUGGGUUUCGGCCAGAAAACGGCAGACGUGACUCAGGAUCUUCACUUGGCUGAUGAGCUGGUUCAAGACGUGGCCCAAGAGUUCAUUGACAACGGGUUUUUCAGUGGUGACCUGGAUGAUAAUAUGAAUUUCAGCUGGAAGGUGUGAGGAUUGACUGACUUAAUAAUGGCAACUUUUUUUUUUUUUUUUUCUCAAAUGGUGUUUUAAGU